AUGAGCUCGACGGCCUACGACAUCGACACGGCCGGCAACGUGCUGUGCACAUACACCGACAUCAACGACCCCGAGAGGUUCAAAGCUGAGCGAACCCAUGUGCCGCUCGGCAAGGCUGUCUUUUAUGCCUUUCUGCCAGCCGGGUUCCCGCACAGCGUGACGGAUGACUACCUGUCGUAUCAGUUGUACGACUCGCUGCAGGCGUUCUCGUCGGCCAUCGCGUCGCUGCUUGCUAACCGCGCCGUGCUCGAGGGCCUGGGCGUCGGCAACGCGUCGCAGUCGCCCACAGGGGCGCUCGUGCUCAAGAUCAUCCAGGACACCUUCUCGCGCAUGGCGACGAUCUUGUUCGCGCACCGGAUGGGCCAGGCCAUUGAGCCCGAGUGCAAGACGUACCGCUUCAUGGCAGACCUGUUUAACGACAGCGCGCUGCUGCUCGACCUGCUCACGCCGGUGCUGCCGUUUCUGCCCAAAGUCUGCGUCAUGGUCGUCACCAGCAUCCUGCGGGCGCUGUGCGGUAUUGCCGCCAACGCCAGCAAGGCGAGCCUGUCGGCGCAUUUCGCAAAGAGGGGCAACCUAGCCGAGCUCAACGCCAAGGAGGCGUCGCAGGAGACGGUCAUCAGCUUGCUGGGCAUGCUCGCGGGCUACGCCGUGGUGCACAUGGUGCAGGACCGCACGAUGGUGCUGUACUGGAUGGUGACGCUGGUCUUGGUGCACCUGUACAUGAACUACCAGGGCGUGCGCUGUGUGAAGAUGCUCACGCUGAACCGGCAGCGAGCGACGAUUGUGUUCCGGGAGUACCUGGACUCGGGCCGCGUGCUGACGCCCUCGGACGUGGCCCAGCGCGAGAGCAUCCUGCGCAACGUCAACGGGGAGAUGGCGAGCAAGGACGGCGACUACACGGGGUCCUGCGAGCUGCGCAGCUACGGCGACGUGAUGACGAGCAAAACCUGGGGCUACCAUUCGUACAAGUUUGAGCGGCCCGACUACUUCAUGGGCGUGUGGCACUACCAGGCGCGGUUUUUCAUUCGCAUCGCUAUGAAGGAGCACACACACAAAACCAUUGGCCCGCUGCUUGCCUGGUUCGACGCCGUGGCGCACGCCUUCCAUUUCAGUGCGGCCCUGAAGAACGGCCUCAGCAGCCACUACGAGAACGAAGGCCCCCACGGUUAUGUGUCGGCGGAGGUCAAGGAGGGCUUGCUGGCGGCACUGCGCAGCGCCGGAUGGCACCUGGACGACGGGCAGCUGGAGACCAACAGCCCCGUUCGGGUGCGGACCGGCGGUGGCGGCGAUAUGAAGAGAACGGCGGAGCGCGGACAGGCCGCCGCUCCACCGGCCAAAGCCGACUAG